CAUCAAACACAACGAAAACUCCAUUAGGAACCCGUCUUUGACGUUUCUUUCAUAUAUCGUCUUGUGUCUCCAUGAAUACUCCGAGUGCCUUUGGUUGUACUUGGCCGACCGGUUUAGAAGGUUCUUGUUCAAUAUAAUGGAUCAAUAUCAACAGUUGAUUUCAUAAUAGUUGAUGUAUAUUGAGAAAAAAAUCAUUAUGAAAAUCACGGGGAAAUUAUUUUUCAUCGUCUUGUCGAGUUAUGCCGUCAACAUAGCUGUCGGCCAUAAACCUUCUCAGCUGGUCGGUCAGGUACACCCGAGGGCACUGAAAGCAUUCAUGGAGACACAAGACGAUAUGAAAGAACUAUCGACGUUGUUCGACUUGGUCUGGACGCACGUUAAAGGCGGAACCGUUUCAAAAGAUUUCGACGAAUAUUGCCAAUUGAUAACCAUAUCGUUUAUGAUCUUGUUCGACAAGUACUUCGGCGACACGGACAAAUGGAAUGCAGCCAAACCGCUGAUAAUCGCCAAACACAACGAGUUGAUGCCAAACGAUGAACCCAAUGACGAUUCAAUAUUGGUUCGCACGAGGAGGGGUUUCGGUUUGCAAGUUGUGCAGGAACAAGAGGAGUUCAUCUACUCCGAAAUCAGUUCUAGACCACCUCAUAAGAUACUAGAAGGUCUUCGCCCUCCGGCAGUUAUACAAGUCCUGGAGUCGCACCCGAACAUGAAAGAACUGCUUACGUUGUAUAAGAUUUAUUGGAAAUAUGCCGAAAAUAAAAACCCUGAGUAUGAAAAGUUUUGCCGAUACUUAAAGUACGCAUUCGAUUACGCAUACGACAGAUAUUAUAGCGAUUUAGACAACUUUUAAACAUGAUAUUGCUUUAUAUUCAUAUAACAUGAAUAAAUCAGCCCCAUUUUGUUGUAUAUUUUCUUUCAUCCAUACCAUUGUCUGAUAUUUAAGUACAUUUUCAAAUUAUGUUCUGAAUUUAAACCAACAGCGAGCCUUCAAUGCGGAGCUGAUUAAUAAAUUGA